ACGGCACUGCAGAGGAGGAGUGGCGCUUAGUGUCUCCAGGACUUACUUCCAUUACAUGCUGUCAGUUGCCAAAUAGGAAGCGCAGAACACACACCACACCGCUCCAAGUCGUGAGAGACACCUUACGGGUUGUUUAUGUGUUGUGGAUUGAAAAGACCGCGCGCGUAAAGGAGGAACUAUAAAAGACUCGUGCGUGUUUGGAUAACUUUGGAGAAGAAUGCGCCUGAACGGUGGCAAGCAACCGCGUGCGAACCGGGCGUACAUCUGAAUGUUGCAAAUAUUCCGUGUAGAAGAUCGGGGACUGAAGGGGUGACGCAGAGCGAUGAACAACAAGGUGGGAGCGGCGAUGCCUGGGCAGCUCACUAUUCCCGUCAUUAUGUUCAUCUUCGGGGUGGUGGGCAACGUCACCGCCAUCGUGGUCCUCCGAGUAUCCCGAAAGGAACAGAAGGAGACCACUUUCUACACGCUCAUCUGCGGGCUGGCGGUGACGGACCUCCUGGGCACCCUGCUGGCCAGCCCCGUCACCAUCAGCACCUACAUGAAGGGCGCAUGGCCCGGGGGGGACCCGCUGUGCCAGUACUCCGGUUUCAUCCUCCUGUUCUUCUUCCUGGUGCAGCUCAGCAUCGUUUUCGCCAUGUCCGUGGAGAGAUACCUGGCCAUAAACCACGCGUAUUUCUACAACCGGCACGUCAACCAAAGGCUCGCUGCGCUCACUCUGUUGGCCAUCUACAUCUCCAACGCUUUCUUCUGCGCGCUGCCCAGCAUGGGGCUCGGGAAGGUGGCGCUGCAGAAGCCGCCGACAUGGUGCUUCAUUGACUGGCGGACCAACGACACGAGCGUCGCUGCGUAUAACCUGAUGUACGCGGGCGUGAACUCCACGCUGGUACUGGCCACGGUCAUAUGCAACGUGAUGGUGUGCGGAGCGCUGCUGUUGAUGCACAAGCGCUUCCUCCGGCGCACGUCGCUGGGAGCAGACCCGAGGCGCGUAUCAGAGCUGGGACGCCGGCGGAGUUUCGGGCGUUUGGCCGGAGCGGAGAUCCAAAUGGUGAUCCUGCUGACCGCCACCUCCGCCGUGGUGAUCAUCUGCUCAAUACCUUUGGUGCUGAGGAUCUUCGUGAACCAGCUGUACACACCAGAGGCCGACCAGAAGAUCAACCCCGACCUGCUGGCCAUCCGCAUGGCCUCGGUCAACCCCAUCCUGGACCCCUGGAUCUACAUCCUCCUCCGGAAGACAGUGGUCCUCAAGGUGGUUGAGAAGAUCAAGUGCCUGUUCUGCAAGAUGGGCGCGCGGCGGCAAGGCAGCGGUCGCUUUCUCUGCAUGGACGGUCACAUGACCUCGUCUAUCGUCUCGCAUGACUCGCCGUCGCUGGCGUCCAACACGCUGAUGCGCGUCCGCGGGAUCUCCAAGUCCAACAAGUGCCCGUCGGAGGGCAGCCUCGACGGGAGCUUCUCGCACGCCGGCCAGCCGGCAGGGAUUAAUACCGGCCACUCCGGCUCUCCAUCGAUGACGACGGAGAGCUUUUUGUUUGAGGGGCAGCGAAGUACAGCGGAGGGGUGCACGGCGGAGGGGACCGAGUCCGGGUGCGUGUUGGAGCCUUCGGAACUAAGCGGGCUGCGCACCGGGAACGGCAUGUCAUCGGCAGGAGGACUUGUGAUGGGCGCCAAGGACCACGCGCUUAACGUGACCUUUACCGACGUGGCGCAGAGCGCGCGGGAGAAAUGCAUCUAAACCGGGAACACGGAGCAAAUCCACCGGACACAUUACUGAUGGAUACUAGACGGUGUCAUGUGACUACUGAGAUGUAGUGACUAUUAAGAGUCUGUGAUGGGUAUACUGAGAUGUAGUGAAUAUUACUGAUGGAUACUAGACUGUGUAAUGGGACUACUGAUGUAGGCUAGUGAAUAUUACUGAUGGAUAGCCUACUGGACUGUGUGAUGAAACUACUGAGAUGUAGUGAAUAUUACGGAUGGAGACUAUAGACUGCUGCGAUUGGACUACUGAGAGGCAGGCCUAGGCCUAUGGGAGAAAUGCAAAACUGAAUGUUUUACUCGUACUAGUUGUCAUUGUCAAUAUCGCAUUUUAUCUCUUGCAAAUAGCCUCCGACAAAAUACCCCCGCAAAAAAUUGUAAUCUCAAAAACCAACUAGGUCUAGCCCUGUUACUUUCAUAUUGACAUUCUUUGUGUAAAGUGAACAUUUUAUUUUUACAAACCAAAAAAAUGGCUGAUUCUUCUGACUGGCUUUGCACUACCGUCGAUGUGUGUCUCAUGAAUGAUGUUAACUUUUUAGCAUUUCACAUUGUCUUCUCUGUGAGAAGAUCCAUAAGGUUAGGUUUCCAUCAAUUUCAGACCAUGCAUUCACAUUUUUAUAUUAAACCAUACUGGUUGUCAUGGCAGCAUGCAGUCCUACCCAAGCUAUGAAAAUAACUCAUUUCGACAUUUGGCAGCUAAUACUGUAACUUCUAGACAGACAUACAUAAUACAACUUAAACUAGGCCUAUGCUACAUCCAAGAAUGUGUAUUUCCUAAAUGAUCGCUCAAAGAAUCGCUAUUUGAACAAAGACAUUGAUUUAAGUAUAAAUCAUUUGCUUUCUUGAAAGGUUUCCAUUGUUUCCAUCCCAUUGUGAAUAUUUUCCUAUUUAUCAACGUUAUAAUUUUUCACGAAUUAACGUCAUGAACCGCUGCUGAAUUCACGUUAGAUCACACAUGCAAAUAUAAAUCUGUCUUUAUGACCACUUCAAAUUAUAAUAGGCCUAUCCAUUUCAUUUCCAGUGAACUGUGUGGUGCCAAAAUUAAAUAAAGUAAAAGCCUAAAUCACAUUUAAAAACGUUGUCCUAAGUGUAAAUUCCUCUCCAUGUAGCCUAUAGGAGACCGCGUUACGAGACUUACACCUUCCUCUUUUCAUUAUGCAUUUGUCUGUUCAUCGCUUUUAAAACACCCAAAAUGUUACGCUUGGACGUGACUUUUAAUUUGAGUUCCCCUAACAGAAUAAAAUAGAAGAGAAGUUUGUUGCUCAGCGGACAAAUAAUUGUCCCGAGCAGCGGACAGCAUCCAAGGAAUAACGCCCCAGUCAUGAGCCAGAUUGACUAUUGAUCACCACGUCUGGGGUCAGAUCACCCACGCAACCUCGUGGAUUGAAGAGAAGCGAGAACGAUUGAAAGAUGUUGCGUUCGAUUUGUUAUCGUCUGCCCGCGGAUUGCCAAAGAUUUCUUCCCAAUAACCAAAUCAGAAGGAAUCCAAUAGGUCUACAUACACAUCGCAUUAGAUAACUGCUGUAUGAUAGCACAAUUAGUAAAUCACUAUCGCAUCAUAAGGGGACUCAUCUCUUCAUCACAUGUCAAAUAUCAGCAUUUAAAAUUAAGUAUAAAAUGAAAAACACAAAAAAUCAGUAUUCUCUGAUAAAGGUAAAGUUUGAAAAAUCUUCUGAAGGUUCAUGACAUAUUAUGGAUAUGCAGGGCCAAGCUAAAUAAUUGCUCCAAUAAGUUAGCAGAGAUCCCAGAAUGAUGACUAUUUACACUCUUCAGCAUAUCUGUGAGCACACAGGAAUGUGCUCCCUAUGGUUACAUAAAUAAUUGUAUGACAUUGGGCGGAUCGAAAUAUAGUUCCUUGUUUUAACAGUGUGUAGGAACCACGCCCAGACUAUUGUCCCAUACUGUCUGGGGCUUAAACCAUGCCAAGUCACCUGCUUUUGGUUAGUGCCAGAUUCUUGACAUAACACACCACCCAUUAAAAUAUUAUAACUGUUAUCAGAUAGUAUAAAAAUAUACUUUAUCCAAAGUGACAUCGUGGGGGGAGGAGGGGUUACUAUCAUUGUGAAAUCUUCAUUUAGGAACUUCUCUGAUUCUAAAGAAGAAAUGGUUUUGUGUUCAAAAUUGGGAAGCUGCAGAAGGCCUACUGAGCCCGAUUCCAGGGACCCAGAAGUCAUUCCAGAAACAGGAACUACAGAAACUGUUGUGGAUCAAGGGAACGGUUCAAAAUGCUGUGGUAGUAUGCAGUAAUAAGAGGCUACAUUUGCUGAGGAGAUAGAGUGGGUUGGCUGGUAACCGGAAGGUUGCUAGCUCAAUCCCCGGCGCCUCCUAACUGAGUUUUGAGGUGUCCUUGAGCCAGACACCUCAACCCAACUGCUCCCGCCGAGCUGGCUGUCACCUUGCAUGGUUGGCCAUUGGUUCAAAAAGCGCUGUAUAGAUGCAGUCCAUUUAAUGGUGCACACCAAGCCCUGCUGACCCUGAACAGGCAUGCGACGAGAAGGGAGCAAUGAUACAGAAGGCAAUGAGUAAGGUGGUGUAUAGGAUCUUAGCAAAACAAAGUCAUUCAUAUUUUUGAGGUUUUUUAUUUAAUUGAAUGAUGUUUGGGUAGCAGAAGCCUCACAGUGAAUAUACAGCAUGUUAAGAUGUUAAGUGCCUUGGUCUUUCUUCAGAUAAGAAUGUUUUUCUUUUAACUUCCCUUAUUUUGCAGAAUAACAAUAAAAAAUGUGAGAACCU